AGCGAGAUGUUGGCGUGUUUUCGUUGUGGGCCUCGGCGGCGGCCUCAGCGGCGGCGGCGGCGGCGGCGGCUGCGGCUGCGUCCCGCCCCGCCCCGCCCCGCCCCCCUCGCCGUGUGGCGCGUCCUGACGCCUUUCCACGUCGCAGUCGAGUCCACGCACAGACCAGCGCGCUGCGUAUGUCUGCGUGUCUCCGGCUCGGCUCGUCGAGGGAGUGAUGGCGGCGCCCGUCCUGAGAGUGUCCACCCCGCGAUGGGAGAGAAUAGCCCGGCUCCUGGUGUGCCUGCUGGGGAUCCUAUUGUCCCUCUAUGCGUUUCACGUCGAGAGGGAAAAGGCCCGGGAUCCGACUUACAAGGCCAUGUGCGACGUCAGCAGCUCCAUCAGCUGCUCCAAAGUGUUCAGCUCAAGGUGGGGUCGAGGAUUUGGACUCCUUGGCUCCAUUUUUGGAAAUGACAGUGCACUGAACCAACCAAACAGUGUCUAUGGAAUUGUUUUUUAUGCUUUCCAACUCCUACUAGACCAGGCUUUAACCUCCCUUCUACACACGUAUACACCUAAGUCAAGGCCAGUGCACAGAUUUGGGUGUGUACUCGGUACCAGGCCGAUUUCCCCUCAAGCAAUGGAGAGGAGCAAUCUGCCAAGUAAAACUUCCUUGUCUUUAACUGGUGGCCCAGGAAUGACUGUGAGUGCAAUGGCUGCCCUCAUUCUCAUGACGACAUCCAUUUUGUCGGUGAUGGGCUCGCUGUACCUGGGCUACAUCCUCUACUUCGUCCUAAAGGACUUGUGCAUCAUCUGCAUCACCACAUACGCGCUGAACUUCAUUCUCUUUACCCUCAACUACAAACGACUGGUAUACUUGAACGAGGCUUGGAAGCAGCAGCUCCAGGCCAAGCAGGACUAAAGAAAAUGUGCCGCAAACAGAAAAGAAAAUGUGACUGACUGAACAUUUGACUUGCCACCAGGAGACCUUGCUUCCAAACAAUGUUAAUUCUGCUGUGUGUUCACAAAAAAACAACAAAAUGAAGAAAUCUAACCUACAUGUUGGGUCUGAAACCUCUUGAUUGUGGAAGGAUUCAGAAGCGAGAGGUAAUUUUAUUUUCUAGUGGUUCUAAGUUGUUUAACAUUCUAGUCACUACAAGAACAAGGCAUCAGCCUAAGCGGCGAAGGCGUACGCCCACAACCGUGUGGCUUGCCGGUGGGCGGUUCUCCAGUUCUCAAACAAGAAGGAUCUCAGAGGAGACGAGGAGACUCGUCAUAGCGCAGCAGAUGCACUAAAAAUGUAAGGCGGUGGAUUCCAAAGUCACCGCAAAGUACAGCCAAGAGCUUGCAGAUACGUCGAGUUUGGAGGGAACGAAAAAGUUAACAAAAAUACAGAAUUGUUUUUUUUUGUCCCUUCAUGUUUACACUUUGUAGUAUAUGCUUUUUGUUAUUUUCUUCUAAGAGGACCACUAAAAACAAACGUGUGUAGAUGAGUCAGUUUGUUUUCCUUUUCUGUACAUAGCUGCUGAGCAAUAUUUCAAGCUAGAUUGGUGGACAUAAACGGAGGAAAACAACAGGUAGAAGACAAAAAGGUGAGCAAAGUCACAGUCGCUGUGAAGCCGCAGACACAAAAUGGCUCCUUUCACCAUGCUUACAACAAAGCACCAUCACCUCUGUUGUUGUGUGUUCGACAUACAAACGUGCCUGAAGCAUUAAUUCGAUUUCAUUUGAAAGUGGGGGUUUAUUUGACCACCGCUUUUGCUUGUUGAUUUUCCUGUCAAAGGCUUUAUUAUUAUUAUUAUUAUUAUUAUUAUAUUAUUUUGGAUCACAGUUUUUGUAAUGUAACAUACCAGUGGAGUGUUAGUCCCUCCUCAAGUCUCACACGGUAGCAGAGGCUGCUACACUGUGAUAGGUAUUGUCAAUGUCCGUUGAACAAGUAAUGGUGAUGCGUCCCAGCUGAGUUACAGUUCAUGUGAUGGACAAAACUUGCGGGGAAUGUUCUUUUGACCUAAAUAACAGACGCAAAACCAGUCGUUUGGACUCCUCAAAAUAGCAAUGUCAAGCCAUAAAAGACCAAGUGGGUGUUUGGGAGACCAACAGCUGAAUGCUCCCCAUAGAGCGGGAUCGUACCACGAGUAGGAAGGUUGUUUCAGUUCGAACUAAGAAGUGUUAGGGCCACAAAAGAGAGAAAUAGUCGAAAGUCGUAAUUUUGUGAGAAAAAGUCAUUCGUCGAAUGAAGCGGAAAUUUGUAGCACACGGACCGAGUGGUUAGCACAUCUCCCUGGCAGUUCUGCGGUUCCCGGUUUGAAUCUCAGCUUUGGCCUUACUGUGUGGAGUUUGAAUGUUUCCCCAUGCCUCCAUGGGUUUUCUUCAGGUAACAUUCCAAAAACAUGGAAUGAGUCAUUGAAGACUAAAUUGUCUUAUGUGCUCUGCAAUUGGCUGGUGACUGGACUACUAUUUUUUAUGACUUUUUUUCCGUAACAGUAUGACUAUUAGGUCGCAAAAGCUCUUCCUCUUAUUCCUAUAGCGUAUGACUUUUUCCAUACAAUUAUGACUUUAUUCUCAUAAUAUGACCACUCUUUUUGAUUUCUUUAUAGCGUGGCCUUCAUAUCCCUUGUACGUUUCCACUCACGAGCCUCGCUUAAAAUCAUCCUGUCGGUCACUGGGCAGUCUUACGACUACAGCCGUGUCAACGUGAUCCAUUUAAAACUCUUUUGAAGUCAACGGCCCGAAAUCGAAUUUUAAGCAUGCGCUGAACAGCAUUUUUCACAAAGGGAAGGACUGUAUUUAAGUAUGGCGAUGGCAACGAUUAGGAAAGUCAAUUCAGUAACAUGCUUUCUGUAAUAACUUACAAGUUGGUGAGCAGACUGCAAUUUCCCCAUGUUGUUGUCCAAAGUGUUGGUCUGUUCCGGCAACUGCUCAUCAUACCAUCGACCUCUUGCCAUGUCCCGAAGCAGAAUGUUGAUUUAUAUAUAUAUAUAUAUAUAUAUAUAAAAAAAAAAAAAAAGGAGUGAUGCUGUACCUCAGCUCUCGACGAACUGUGCUUUCCGUUCCCUGGAGGAAAGUCAUGUUCAACUUGGUGGUUGGGUGGCUAUCACUCCCCAAAGCAUGCCCAUUGGAAUUAUCCUCCUCACACAGCAUAUUUUGUGAUCACUCCCACACUGUUUAUUUUUUUUCACUUGCACAUACAAUUGUUUAUCGAGUCCAACUGAUAACCGACAAGCUUACAAUCGUAUGCCUCAUUUCAGUCGGAGUGAACAAGGCGUAACAUGUUACUUUCGCACAGAUUCAAAUUUAUCUGGAAAGGAAUUCAUUUUUUGAAUGAUUUAAUGUUAGAAGUAAAAAAGGUCAACGCUUACCAAUAAUUAGUUUUUGUUCAAUAUUGAGUGAGACCCUGAGGAUAACUGCCAUGUUAGUUGCAUCACCAAUGCCAACUUAAGUGCCUUCUGUUUGAUCACCAGGCCUUGAGCCAAAGACGGGCAAGUGAUAGCCUUUCAAAUGACCAAUGUAACAAACAGGCACUUUUGUUUGCUUCCCUGACAAUAGAAAUGGAGAAAUGGGCAAAUUUGCCCACAAAUGAAACGCCCCUGUCAUGCAGAUGGCCAUUCCUUAUCACCUCGUUAAAUUACCCCUUUAAAUGUUCAGAUGUUCUCUAGUUAUAGGACAUGUUUGUUAGCAAGGAAUACACUGUUUCAUGAAAAGGAUUGUAAUGUUCUUCAUCUUGAAUUAUGCCCUUUAGCUCUAUGGACUGUUAACAUUCUGAGUUAUUUUAGUAAUGAAAAAAAAAAAAAAAAAAAACUUGAGGGGUGGAUUGCUGGGAAUCUGUGUCAGCAGAAGGUUUUUUUGUUUGUUUGUUUGUUUGUUUGUUUGUUUUUGUGGAGGAAAACUUAUUGGGUUUGCUUCUGUAUUGCCAAAUGCGUUUUAAAAAAAAUGCUGUAUUUUCUUACUUGGAAAAGUGUUACAACCAAUUGCAGGAGGGUGCAUUCAAAAUUCACGGCGAAACCGGAUGAGACUGACAUGAGAACAUUUGAAAUUGUGGCGCUGUCAUUUGGAAAUGAUCAACCAUUAAAACAUUCCCUCUGAAA